CCCCACGAGAACCUCCAUACAAGCUUACAGGGCAUGUCUCAAGGCAUCCUUGCAGCCUUCUGACACGUGCCCCCAGGCAGCAGGGUGCCAUUUCCAGAGAGAGGAGGCGAAGGGGCUGCAGUGCUGCCCCGUCCUGGCUGCAGCCCUCCAGGCUGUGCGAUGCUGGAGGCCGUGGGGCAGUUGGAGGCCGUGGGGCAGUUGGAGGCCUUGGGGCAGUUGGAGGCCUCCGGGCAGUUCCCGCAGGCAGGGCCCUUCCGCGCUCCUUCCCCGCGGGGCGUGGGGCGGCAGCGAUGGGGGCCCUGCUGGGGCUGCUGGUGCUGCUGGGCUUGGCAGGGCGUCCCCGCGCUUCUGGGGACCUGCCUGGGGAUCUGCGUGUCGCUGCCACCUGGGUAACCGUCCCGCGGCAGUUGAGCCCCCGGGCUGACGCCAGCCCCCCGACUGUCUCCUACUGGCUGGAGGUCGACGGGCGGCCGUGGGUGCUGCGCCUGCGGCCCAGGCGGGGCCUGGUCUCUCGCCCCUUCACCCUGGUCACCUAUGGCAGGGAUGGGGCCCGCUGGGAGGAGCACCCCUUCGUUCAGGAAAGCUGCUUCUACCAGGGCGAGGUGCAGGGGAGCCCCGGGUCCCUGGUGGCCCUCAGCGCCUGUGGCAGGGGCCUCCACGGCGUCCUCUGGGUGGAGGACGGCAUGUACGAGAUCAAGCCUGUCCCUGGCGACCUGGCCUUCCAGCACGUGCUCUACCGCAUGGAGGAGGCCAGUGACCCUGUGAGUCCUACCUGCGGGCUGACCCUGGAGGAGAUGGAGCACCAAAAGGCUUUGCUGCCCUGGUUCAGGGCCCCCCAGGUGGUGGAGGAGGAGGAGGAGAUGCUGAGGGACUGGUGGAGACACGUCAGGUAUGUGAAGUUAGUAGUGGUCGUUGACAAUGUGUGGUUUGUGAAGUCGGGCAGGAAUGACUCCGAAGUCUUGAGGCAAGUCAUAGAAGUCAUCAACAUUGGAGACUCUCUGUACCAACAGCUUUCUAUUCGUCUGUUUCUUGUGGGAUUGGAGAUCUGGACCAAAAGCAACCUCAUAAACGUUACGGACUCUAUCAGCAAGGCACUGGAUGAUUUUAACGAAUGGCGUAAGUCAGACCUGUCUCCACGGAUGCGCCACGAUACUGCUCACUUGUUUACAUUCCAGAGCUUUGGAAGGAGCCUGGGAUUAGCGUUUCUAGGGUCCAUGUGUGAUAACCAGUGGUCAUCAGCAGUUGCUUCUUUCACUGAAGGGAAGUUGUCCUCAUUUAUUACCACCUUUGUCCACCAGCUGGGCCAUACUCUUGGGAUGCACCAUGAUGAAUGGGGCUGUAAAUGCAGACGGAAGAAAUGCAUUAUGUACAAAAGCAAUGUCGACACAGAUGCAUUCAGUGACUGCAGUUACAAAGAUUACUUUGACCUCCUUGGACAUGGUGCCAGCUGCAUUCAUCAACCACCAGCACCUGGUACUUCCUACACCAUGAAGCGUGAAUACUGUGGGAAUAAGAUAGUAGAAAGUGGAGAGCAAUGUGACUGUGGUUCAGAAUCAAACUGCAAAAAAGAUCCUUGUUGUCAGCCAAACUGUAAGUUUACUGCAGGUUCAGUCUGUGCUUCUGGAAAAUGCUGCCAGAGUUGUCAGGUCCUUCCAGCAGGUACGCUCUGCAGAGCAGGAACUAACGACUGUGACCUGCCAGAGUACUGCAAUGGGACUUCCCCUUGGUGCCCACCAGACGUGUACGUACAAGAUGGAACCCCUUGCAAAGAUGGUGCUUAUUGCUAUCGAGGAAAAUGUCCUUCCCACAGUAAACAGUGCCAGCAUCUCUUUGGCAAGCAAGCCAGGGCCGCUCCUGCAGAUUGCUUCAAAGCAGUGAACACUCGAGGGGACCGGAUUGGGAAUUGUGGUAUUCAGAACAACACCCAUUUUAAAAAAUGCAGCAUUGAGAAUAUCUUAUGUGGUAGGAUCCAAUGUGAAAACUUAGACAAACUGCCUUUCUUGCAGAACCAUGUAACAGUAGUCCAAACGCCUGUUGGAGGUAAAAAGUGUUGGGGUCUAGAUUAUCACUCAGGGAUGCCGACAGCUGAUGUGGGGGCAGUGGAAGAUGGCACACCAUGUGGUAUUGAUAAGCUUUGUAUCAACAGGACGUGUACCAGCAUGUCACUGUUGAACUACGACUGUAACAUGACAAUGUGUCAUCACAGAGGAGCAUGUAACAAUCGUAAGAACUGUCACUGCAGGUACGGCUGGGCUCCUCCAUAUUGUGAAUGGAAAGGAUUUGGAGGGAGUGUUGACAGUGGACCCCCUCCAGCCAGGAUGAUUUUUCACAGUGCAAAACCAGGAAUAAUAGUAUGUAGCCUUUUUAUCUGUGUCCUUGGAAUAACCCUUGCCAAGUAUUAUCAGUGGGAAAUAGUCGGAUGUCUUAGGAGGAAAAAGGCCCAAUUCUGCAGAAGAAGUUAAUUGUUUCAAAUAGCAGAAAGGCCAGCAGGUCCUAAAGAAGAAUACCUGCUUGUGAAUAAAAUUCCACUACUAAGCACUUGCCAAAGACCAACAAGCAUUAACUUUGGAUGCUCCUGGGGAGAUCUGUGAGCAGAGCCAGCUGAUAAUUCAUCAAAAUAUUUCAACACAUUCUAUCUAAUAGUUCUAAUAUUCAACAUAUUCUAUCUAAUAGUUCUAAUUUCAUGUAAUAUCAUUAAAUGCAGAGUAAAUGUUAUCUUUGAUUAUUUCAAGUUAAUAAAUGCAGGCAGUAAGGUGGUUGUUUUUUUUUCUUCGCACCUUGAGCUCUUAAACUGAACUAGUUAGGAAAACUGUAGGCGCACCUUUUUCAUGCCAACAGUUUACAAAUGUGAACAUUGUAGAACAGGUAUAAAUGAGUAAUUUGCUCCGAUUUACUCCAUCUAAUGUUUUCUCCAA